AUGGAAAUAGCGGCCAGGCUUGAGCGAGAGCGGCCGGGCACACGCCUGGCUAAUUGGUCAGGCGAUACACUUAGUGAAGUUCACCGCGGGGAACACGGAAGCGGGCCCCGACUGGUGUUGGAACCACAGAGCGUGGUGCGCUUUUCGAGCGAGACGGGUGCCGUGCUGCCCUGCUCGGCCGAGGGUCGUCCCGUUCCCGCCAUCGCGUGGGAGAUGGCCGACGGGGGUCCAGCCAACGACAUAUCGGGCCUCAGAGAGACCCGCCCGGACGGAUCUCUCGUGCUGCGGUCUUUCGGUCCUUCCUUGUUCAGGCCAGAGAUUCACUCGGCCACGUACCGCUGCGUGGCCUCCAACGCCCUGGGCCUGGUCAAAAGCCGCCUCGUCCACGUUCGGGGAGUGGUGGCGGAGGACUUCGUGCCCAUCGUGCAGGACGUGUACGCCAUACGAAGAAACGCUGCCGUCCUGCGGUGUCAUCUACCCGCCGCAGUGAGGGACUACAUCACAGUGGUGUCUUGGAUGCGCAGCGACGGAGCUGUAGUAGGCAGCCGUGGCACCGCUGGGCAGAAAGGUGCAGAAGGCCGCUAUGCUAUGCUGCCGACUGGUGAAUUGGUAACACGAGGCCUCGGAGCGACGGCCUCGGAAGCGUUCUACACCUAUCGGUGCCAGGUGCGCAAUGCGUUCACCGGACAGACACGUCUCAGCGACACCGCCGGAAAAAUCGUCGUGACUGAACCUGUGAGCGAUCUUGCACCUCGCAUGACGGAGACCCGUAGGCUGGUGCAUGUGGUGCAGGGGCAAGAAGCCGCACUGCCGUGCGUUGCUCAGGGCCAUCCGCCCCCUGCUUACUCGUGGUUUCGUGUCACCGACCGCAUGCACAAGAGACCGACUUCGGGUUCGGGCCUCGGCGGUGACGUCAUUCCCUUGAGGUCAUCGGAUAGAAUGCUGCUCCGGUUCGGUGGGUCGGUGCUGGUGAUACGGGCAGCCAGUGUCAAGGACGGUGGGAAGUACAUCUGCGUUGCCAACAGCUCGGCCGGACAAGAAAAGGUCUAUACGGAAGUACACAUUUCCGUUUUCCCACCAGCUUCGCUGUCUGCUCACGUGGAGCCGGCCGCGCAAGUAGUGGACGCCGGCAGAAGCAUCAACGUCACCUGCCGAGUGUCCGGGCAGCCGGUGCACGGCGUGUUGUGGACUCGCAACGGGCGGCCACUCUUUUCCGCAUCACCUGGCCGCGACGGAAUCAGUGGCGAUGCGCUUUCGCCGACUUCUUCGGCGAGGGUGAGGCUCCUCUCCCGUGACGUGCUGCGCAUCGUCUCGGCGAAGCGCCAGGACAGCGGCAUGUUCCAGUGUCUCGCCUUCAACGCAGACGAUUCUGCCCAAGGAAGCGCGGAAAUCAUCGUCCGAGAGGAUGCUCCUGUGUUGAAUCACGUGUUCUCCGAGCUUCUGGCGGUGCCGGGCAGCACCGUGUCGCUGAGAUGCGCAGCUUCCGGGAACCCACUGCCGCAAGUGACGUGGGCGCUGGACGGAGACUCCGUGCCGGAGAGCUACAACGUGCGAGUAGGCGAUUACGUCAGCAGUGAACGUCUUGUGCACAGCUACGUGAACUUGACGGGAGUCCGGGUUGAAGACGGUGGCCUGUACGCCUGUGAGGCGCGCAACAGCGCUGGCCAGGCAUCGCACUCAGCUCGCCUAAUUGUUCCUGGGAGGCCCGUGCUGCGACGCCCGAUGGGCAACGUCACGGCGCUGGCAGGUCGCAGCAUGGUCCUACACUGUCCCGUAGCCGGGCAUCCCAUUCGCAGCGUUACUUGGAAGAAAGAUGGACGUUGGCUACCACAGAACCACCGCCAACGCAGUUUUCCGAAUGGCACGCUGGUGGUGAACCAAGUGCAACGCGGCCAGGACAGUGGCACGUACGGAUGCAUGGCUACAGAUCCCGAUGGAAACAUGGCUGGUGGCGAGCUCACUGUGAGAGUGAUGACGCCUCCCGUGGUGAGCCCGUUCAAUUUUCCCAACGACCUCACGGAGGGCAAGCGGGCCGGUGCCGCCUGCAUCGUGUCGGACGGGGACCCGCCCAUCUCCAUCGGAUGGCUCAAGGACGGCCGGCCUCUGGACGAGACGGCGCUCGGCGCAACCGUCUCCCGGACCAACGACUACACCUCUUUCUUGUCCAUCGCAGCCGUCCGCCAGGAGGCGCACUCCGGCCUUUACACGUGCGUGGCCUCCAAUCCGGCCGCCUCGGCAAACCGGAGCGCCACGAUGGUCGUGCGAGUUGGUCCCCGAUGGCGUCAUCGACCAGAGGACAAGGCUGCGACCAUGGGUCAGCCUGUAACGUUCGACUGCCAGGCAGAUGGAUUUCCUGUGCCCGUGAUACGCUGGAAGAAAGAGCGCUUGUCGGAGGAUGGCGGCCGCCAGUUUGCUACGAUCACCAGCAGUGCCCGCGUUCGGGUUCUGGAGAACGGCACACUGGCCAUCGACGACGUUGACCGCUCGGACGCCGGCCGAUACCUGUGCCAGUCGCUGAACGGAGUCGGACCGGGCGUCUCGACCGUCGUCAAGCUGGACGUUCACGUGGCGGCCCAUUUCGUCGAGAAGUUCAAGGCGGUCACAGUGCGGCGUGGUGAUUCGGCCAGCCUGGAGUGCAGGGCUCAUGGCGACCCGUCCAUAGAUCUGAGUUGGACCCGGGAUGGCCGUCGCUUCGAUCCUGCUCAAGAGCCCAGGUAUGCGGUCGAGAAGAAUACCGGCAGCUCGUGGUCGGAGUCCGUACUGCGCAUCACGGGCGCCGACCGUCGGGACUCUUCGCUCUUCGGGUGCCGCGCAGAGAAUGCUUACGGUGCUGACGACGCCAGCUUUCGGCUCAUCAUACAAGAGCCUCCUGACAAAGUUGCUGGCCUCGAGCCCACGCACAUAUCGAGCCGAACGGUGACGUUGGCCUGGUCGGUGCCUUACUCGGGCAACAGCCCCUUGCUGAAGUACCUGCUUGAACACAGGACAUUGUCUGGAACUUGGGAACGCGAAGUGGAUGUCUCCACUGCGCAUCCAACUGAUGGUGGGCUUUCGCAUCUCGUACAAGGGCUGCAACCGUCCACCAACUACGAAUUCAGAGUCCGAGCUGGAAAUGCCCUCGGACUGGGUGACUUCAGCGAUCCGACCAUAGUCACCACCAAGCAAGAAGCUCCAAGCGGCAGCCCGCAGGACAUCAAAGUGACGCCAGCCGGCUCUCGAAGCCUUUACGUGACAUGGAAGCCACCGUCCGAGGAAGACAAGUACGGCGGAGUGCAAGGCUAUUACGUAGGCUACCGCGUGUGGGGCAGCGGCCAGCCUUACCUGUACAAGACUCUGGAGAGCCGCCUGCCUUCCUCCUCGCCGUCACAACUGCAACAGUGCAUCCUCAGCGAGCUGCGUCCCCGGACCCGCUACGGCAUCGUGGUGCAAGCCUUCAACGCUGAUGGUGCCGGACCAUCGUCCGACGAAAUCGUCGCGCACACACCGGACGUUGACCUUCCCGCUCCUCCGCUGCUAAAGCUGGUAUCCACCACAUCCUCCACGAUUCAGCUCAGCUGGCUGGCAUCGAAGCACCAACCUAUCGACGGCUAUGUCUUGUUCUACAAAGGUGAACCUCGACUCGGUCGGCCAACGAGUGUUGUUGCCGAAGGGACGCCGGAAUGGUCGUCCGUGCAAACCACUGCCGAGAGGUCGACGUAUGUGUUUCGCGGCUUGAGCUGCGGCAGCAGUUACGUCUUCUACGCGUUGGCCUUCAACUCCGCAGGUCGAGGACCUCGAAGCAACGUCGUGUUGGCCAAGACUGACGGGUCAGUUCCCGUAGCUCCCGACUUACGAGAGCUGCUCGUGGCGAACCCGACUCGCGGUGUCCUGCGACUGACCGCGUGGAAAAGCGGUGGCUGCCCGAUCACUUCGUUCACCGUGCUCCACAGGAGACAUUCCGCGCACGACCACUGGGACCCUCCGGUCACUGUGCAUGCACCGGAUGCGUCCGAGUUAUCAAAGCUACCGCAGGAGCUGGCCAUCAGGCACCUGACACCGGCCACCAGGUACCAGCUGCUUGUCACGGCGCACAGCGAGGCCGGCUCAACGCACGCCGAGUACGUGUUCGCCACGCCCACGCUCUCUGAAGGUGCCUUGUCGGCCACUCACUGGACGGAGGCGACUGACCUGCAACGCCGAAGCGUUGACGUCGUCGUGCCCGUAGUGUGUACGGUGCUGGUUACGCUGCUUGGGGCGGCCGUGGUCGGCUACGCUAUGUCCCGCAGGCGUCUUGCUGCCCUUCGAAGACGUCGGUUAGGAUCCUUCCUGACCUUGCUGCAGCCCUGA